AUGGAGGUGCAGAGAUUGGAGUUGGUAAGGUUGAAGUUAGACAACAUUUGGAUUUCUAUGAGAGGGAAUUUAUGGAAAUGGGGAACUGCACGAGAUUCUGAGGGAGAUUGUGUUGAUUUUGGCGAAGAUGGCACGUUUGCAGAUGCUUGGAGACUAAGAAGCAGCGAACUAGGGUUUUGGGUGUCUUGGAUUUUUGCCAAGAUUGCUCUGAGAAUUAUCUCCUCUGAGGAGGUAUCUAGACCGCUGCUUUGCUUGGUUGAAUUGGAUCUUAUUAACGGGAUUGGAGAGUUUCUUGCGAUGGGGAAUGGUGAACAGACAUUCGAUAUAAG